CGUCGCAGUGACCCCGCCCCCGGGCCGAAGAUGUGAGGCCGGCCGGGCGUCCCCGCGGCGGGCCCGGGCGCCGGGAGUGGGCGUCUCGGCAGCGCCGGGCGAUGGCCCUGCUGCCGGUGCUCGUCGCCUCCUGGGGCCUGGGUCAGUGAGGGGUGCCGGCGGGCCUAGGCAAGCGGCCCCGGCGCGGCGGGGGCGAAGGGGCCGCGGGCGCCAUGGAGGGGGUGCUUUACAAGUGGACCAACUAUCUGAGCGGUUGGCAGCCUCGAUGGUUCCUUCUCUGUGGGGGGAUAUUAUCCUAUUAUGAUUCUCCUGAAGAUGCCUGGAAAGGUUGCAAAGGGAGUAUUCAAAUGGCAGUCUGUGAAAUUCAAGUUCAUUCUGUAGAUAAUACACGCAUGGAUCUGAUAAUCCCUGGGGAACAGUAUUUCUACCUGAAGGCCAGAAGUGUGGCUGAGAGACAACGGUGGCUAGUGGCCCUGGGGUCAGCCAAGGCCUGCCUGACUGACAGUAGGACCCAGAAGGAGAAAGAGUUUGCUGAAAACACUGAAAACCUGAAAACCAAAAUGUCAGAACUAAGAUUCUACUGUGACCUUCUUGUUCAGCAAGUAGAUAAAGCAAAAGAAGUUACCACAACUGGUGCGUCCAUCUCUGAGGAGGGAAUUGAUGUGGGAACUCUCCUGAAAUCAACCUGCAAUACUUUUCUGAAGACCUUGGACGAAUGCAUGCAGAUUGCAAAUGCAGCCUUCACAUCUGAGCUGCUCUAUCACACUCCCCCGGGAUCUCCGCAGCUGGCCAUGCUCAAAUCCAACAAGAUGAAACAUCCUGUUGUACCGAUUCAUAAUUCAUUGGAAAGGCAAAUAGAGUUGAGCAGUUGUGAAAAUGGAUCUUUGAAUAUUGAGAUAAGUGAUGUUGAAGAAAUCCUAACAAAAAACAAGAGCCCCUUAUUUUUGAAAUCUUCAGAGAGAGACUACAGCAUAUCAAGUGAAGAAAACUUAAAUGAUAAUAUAACAGUCCAAGGAGAAAUAAUGAAGGAAGAUGGAGAAGGAAACCUGGAAAAUCAUGACAGCAACUUGGCACAGCCUGAAUUGAACUCCUCAAGUAGCUCUCCAGAAUCCCACUGGGAAGAAGGCAAAGAAGUUAUCCCAACUUUCUUUAGUACUAUGAACACCAGCUUUAGUGACAUUGAACUUCUGGAAGACAGUGGCAUUCCAACAGAAGCAUUCUUGGCAUCAUGUUAUGCUGUGGUUCCAGUAUUAGACAAACUUGGCCCUACAGUGUUUGCUCCUGUUAAAAUGGAUCUGGUUGGGAAUAUUAAGAAAGUAAAUCAGAAAUAUAUAACCAACAAGGAAGAGUUUACCACCCUUCAGAAGAUAGUGCUGCAUGAAGUGGAGGCAGAUGUAGCCCAGGUUAGGAACUCAGCUACAGAAGCCCUCUUGUGGCUGAAGAGAGGUCUGAAAUUUUUGAAGGGAUUUUUAACAGAAGUGAAAAAUGGAGAAAAGGAUAUCCAGACAGCCCUGAAUAAUGCAUAUGGUAAAACAUUACGGCAACACCAUGGUUGGGUAGUUCGAGGGGUUUUCGCGUUAGCUCUGAGGGCUGCUCCAUCCUAUGAAGAUUUUGUGGCUGCAUUAACAAUAAAGGAAGGCGACCACCAGAAAGAAGCUUUCAGUAUUGGGAUGCAGAGAGACCUCAGCCUUUACCUCCCUGCCAUGGAAAAACAGUUGGCGAUACUGGACACUUUAUACGAGGUCCACGGACUGGAGUCUGAUGAAGUUGUGUGACAUCUGCGGGAUAGCGCCUCCUCCUAAUUUCAGGGAAUAAAGUUUGCUAAAGUGUUUUGUUGCCCUACUUAAUUUCCAGCAACAGCUUCAACCCUCUCCAACACCCUACUUAGAGGGAUGGAGAGGAAGAGCCAAAACCCAGUGCUUUUGUAUAUAAUUUUUUAAAAAGCAUAUGUGUUUUGUGUGUUUAAAAAUCAAGGUGCUAUAUAUUUCAGUUCAAAGGGCCUAUUGGAAACAAAAUCAUAUAGCUAAGCUCUGUUCUGCUAUUUAUAGACUGGACAGCAAGUUAUAAGAGCAGAUUUGACAAAUGAAUUUGUUGGUAUUAUGUUUUAUUUUGUUUCUAUUUUUUAUUUGCAAUUUGCCUCCAAAACUCAGGCUGGAAAUGAGCAUAUUCUCUAUCAAGGAUUAUAAUUUAUAGCCAGUGUUUGAGCCAACUUAGAAGUAAACUGAAAACUUGGAGAGAGUUUAAGCCCCUUUGUCAAAGCUGUUGAAAUAUAGAGUUUGUGAAUCUUAGACCUUUUUUAGUGAAUCCUCUCCUCCAUGGUUUUGUUUGUGAGACAAGCCUGAAGUGAAGUUGCAUGUGGGGACUGGAUGGGACAUUGACAAGGAGUGCCACCCUUUUCACAGGCGGGGAGGCUGGCCCCCAAGAGAUGAGUGGGCGCCACAGCAUCAAGCUGGGGGAAAGUACGGGAGGGGUGGGACAAAUCAUCUGAGAUGACACAUAUAUAGUGCCCACCCUUUACUAGCAUGUUUUCCCCUGCAUUAUCUCCUGUGGACAUCACAGCACAACUGUGACCUUCAAAGGGAUUAUUUUCCCAUUUCAGAAGUCCAGUUUGGAGGUUGAGUGAUUUGCUCAGUCACAGAAUCUCUAAAUAGAGGAGGCAGGACUUAAGCAGAGGUCUCCAAAGAUUUCAAAGUGGAAGCAAAUUCAGGAAAGCCAGUUAUUUUUUUUUAAAUGCAUAUGUUUUUUCUCAGUGUGGUCUAUAGACCACCUGUGCAUCAAAAAUCACAUGGAGUGCUUGUUGAAAAAGCCAAUUCCCAGGCCUUACCCUGACCUAAAGAACCAGAGUCUUAGGGGUAAAACUCAGGAAUCUGCAUUUUAAUAAAUUUCCUAGGUGAUUUUUAUGCACACAGGGUUGAAGAACCACUAGAUUAAAUUCUAGUUUACAUAGUCCCCAGUCUUCUGCAUGAAUUGAGUGAUGUAUCCUUUUUUUUCCAAAGAGGAAGAGGCUAUCAUUUAAAUAAAAGAAAGCAAAUGGGAAGUAGCACAAGUUUACUCAGCAGCAUUUUUAAUUCAACCAGCAUCAGCAACCAGAACACCUUGGUUCUGAGUGUGUCCUCUGAUAAAUCGGGUUUAAUCACAAAACCAGGGUGCAGAGUAAGCCAAAUGCAGCUGCUUACCAAUCUCAAAAGCUUUGGGGCAGUGUCAGAGUUUAAAGAUGGAACUUGAGUAUUUUAUAUAUUUCAUAAAACAACCUUGAAAAAUGUGAUGCCAAAACCGUGGCCCUAGUCUCUCGGUAGGCCAAGCUGUCAAGAGUGUGCUUAGGAGAGAAGCCCCAGGUACCUUCCCCACAGAGGCUGCUUUCUUCUAGCACCAGACAGGGAAAUUCCAGCAUGAGGUAGUUCCCCAGGGUGGAAGGUGGUGAGUUCCUUUGAUGGGCGCAGGUGAAUGCCACCUGAAUAGCUCCAGAUGCUGUUCCUGCUGCAGAUCCCUGGGGCAGAGAGGUUAGUAUAGGGAAGGCUGCUGGUAUUUUGCUUUUUGUCUAUCUUUAUAAACAAAUGGGCUUUUAUUUAGUGCAAAUUACUGAAGCAGGUACUCCGCCCACAUAAGGACUUCUGGAAAUUGCUUAAACUUAGAAAAGCACUUCAAAUGUUUUAGACUUGGGAGAAAAAGGUUGCUAAAAUGAUGAUGAUUAUUUUGUAUUUUAGCAUUUGCUGUCAGCAGCUGCCAAGAUGUGUGCACUAUCCCCACCACCACCCUUCCGUGAGGAAUUAGUGUGGAUCUCCUCUGACCUGUGGGAAUGGGGUGGGGGGUGAGGGGGUAAUUUAGACUUCCUGCCCUUAACAUAGAUCCUAAAGGGAAAAAAGAAAAAGUAUGCAGUCUUUGUGCAUACUUUGAAUGAAGAUGCUUUAGGCAGCGUGCCAUUCAGAGGGGAUGAUAGUGGACGAGUCUAAGUAUUCUGAAGCAUGGCAGUUCUAGGCAGUGGUUGGUUCUGCCUGUCACCUCAGGUAAACUCUUGAAGAGGAGGUGGGGACUCUGAAAAUACCUCAGAUUUGCUGCUGAGGCUCGGAAUACACAAAAAGAACUGCUCAGCAUUUUACAUUUUAUGUAAGUACUGCUUAGAUGUGCAUGGCUCAAUUUUAUGAGGAAGAGGGGCUUAAUAUUUUCUGGGAUAAUUGAGAACUUGUAGCAUAGUUUGAAUAACUUGAAUAAGUUACAUUUUCUCAUCACCCUUUUCCAGGAGGUAGUGUUUUUGGUACGUAUUUUCUUCACUAGAGUUUAUGAAGUUUAUUGAAGAUGUGUAAAGCUCUUAGCCCUUGAAUAAAAAUAAUUAGAAAUUGAACCUAAUACCAAAUUAUAAAGUCAAAUUGACCUCCUAGUUCUAUGUUAGUUGAUUUUCCAUUUUAAUUAAGGUAGUACUUUGUGCUAAUUUGCAGUUACUUUCUAACGAAGGGUCACUGAGAAAAGAUACUUAAAGAUUUCUGAGACACCUAAGCUUUCUGUCACCCUGACAGUGAGGGGAGAUGAGAAGACUCUAGUAUGUUUGUUGACAAAGUAAUCACUUUAUGUUCAUAGCUUAAAACAUUUUUAUGAUUCCUUUUCUAGAGUAGCCUUUAAAGGGAACCUGAAGAAAAAGGUAAUCUGUCUUCUAGGUAUUAGUAGAAGCUAGUCAGUAACAUUUGGAUGGUACCUUACAAAAUGCUUUCACAUCCAGCAUUUCCUCGUGCUUGCACUUCUCUCCACAGUGGAAGCAAAGGCUGUACACAGAAUAGGAAUCAAUAUGUAUUUGUUGAAUCAAACAAAACCCUUUCAAGGAUGGCAUGACUUUUGUCCUUUGAAAACAAAAUUUGAUUCAUUAUAGCUAAUCCUGAUUAGAAAUGUUAAAUUGGAGAGAUAUCUUUUGGGGAUGAAACCAACUUGCGACUAUCAAGUAGACAUGAUUUUCUCAUCAGCUCCUGAUACAGUUCUGAAGGGAGUUCCAGGAGAGGGACUCUCAGAAUGUCAAGCAUGUAGGUUCCCAGGGAAUUGACAUUGAAGGGCAGUUUUCAUUAGGGUGUGUAAGUAGUGGUUUGAGGCACCUUGCCAAUAUUAUUUGCAUGUCUUUUUGAACAUAAAGCUUCCCCAAAUCUCAUAUUCCACAACAAGGGAUAUCUUAGUUCCAUAGUCCAGGCUCAUUGCUUCUUUCUCCUCUGCUACUGAAAAUUGCCAGCAGUGCCCCGUCAGAGCACCAGAUUUACCCCCUUCUCAGCUGUCUGUCCAAUUCCUCAGCAGCAUCUCCUAGCUCUUGUGGAGAGCAUCUGGAACAGAGUUGGCUCAGGGUUAGGUGCUCAAUUCCUGGUGAUUCUGUUCACUCCCAUGGCAGACUGCAGGAGCUUCUUAGAGAACCCUUCCCAUUUGUAGUUGAAAGGCAAGUGAACAUCAUGAUGUGUAAGCAUCUAAGAAAGGUGGUCUAUUAUUAAAUAAGUACUACUGGGGAAAUUUGCAGUCUUCUUUUUUUGAUUAUUAAUUGCAUGUAGCGUAUAUGUCCAAAAAGUUAAUGCUUUCAAGUUUAUACUUUCACAAUAGCGUUUUCAAUUAAGAAAAAUGUGGUAGGGACUAAUAGAUAAAGUAUACUUUUCCUCAUUAAAUUGGAAGGGAGGAAAAGAGCUGAAGUAAGAGAUUUCUUACUAAGGAAACCUAGUUUGACUGUGAAGAUCAUAUAUGAAGAAAUAUUAGAUAAGGCAAUGGAGAGAGCCAGAGGAUCAGGAGCAAAAUAAGAUGGUAUGGAACAUUUUGGAAGCUAUAUGGAGGAAAACUAUUCUUUAUGCUUUUUUCUACUUAAUUAUCAUGACCUACAAGAAGUUAGUUACAUAAUGGUGCGUUUCUGAAUCAUUGAUUAAAAUCACUUGCUUCUGAUUUUAGUCAUAGAUUUUAAAACUAUUUAACUUCCUCACCCUUAUGUUUCAUUCCUUUUUUUAAGGUAAACUGAAUUUUUAGAUUUAGAAUUUAUAAGUAAGUAAAAUCUAUUUUAAGCCUUUGUUCUAUUCACUGAGUUAAUGUAAUGUGUUUGGGCCUAGAAGGCUUGACAUCGGUUCCCUUUGUGAUCUUGUGUAGUCUGUACACAAACUUCAGUGUAUACAGUCAGUCUGCAUCGCUGUGAAAUGUACAGAGAAUGCUUCUUUAGAAAAACAUGUUCUGCUUCUGAAUGUUCCUUUGUAAUCUAAGUUGCUUACUCAGGGGUUUCACAAUAAAGAUAUAUAAAAAAAAUUCACUUAGCUAUUUAACAGUAUUUUCAGAUUGCUUCUAUUGCAAGGUCAUUAGGGAUCUUUCAACAAUUCCAUAAGCCUACUGUUCAGUAGACCUUCCCUGUAUACAGUCCCCAUUCCUACCCUGUCUCAUCUCACAGCCCUGUGUACAGUUGCCCUUUGCACGAUUUCUCACUGCACUGCUGCAUUAAGGCCCUCUCGGGCAUGAUUUAAAUGAUCAUUGACAGCACCACUCUGGUGUCAUUGACUCAUGCAUUGAUCUUUCUCCUCCACUGUUUUCAUAUAGCCCUUAAUUAAGAAAGAAAAAACAUACUGCUAUUCUGCAAUGCAAAGGUUGUCAAAAUUCUUUGGUUGCCCUUAUUAACCACUUUUCUUUCAGAGUGAAUAAAUGUUUUCAGCCAGCCUAUGCGAGGACAAAGAAAGAAAUCCUGUUUGUUUGAAAUUUUUCAUAUAUUUUAAAGUGUGUUUACUAUUUCCUCUCUGAACUUUAUAAAACAGAAGCCACCCUGGGAUGGUUGGUACUGUUUACAGAGCUGAUCUCGUCCAUGCAGACUGUGUGUGUGUCUAUUUAUAGGUUAUUUGGAGUCAGUGAUGACAAGAAGAGUGGUCUAGAAGUCAUUCUGUUGGUUCUUAGGCUAAUGAGCCAGUUUCAUGACAUGUUUAAUGUAUGGUUCCCAUGUGUCAUGAGAAUUUCAGUAGAAUGUCAUUAAACAGCCCAACUACCUCAUAAUUAAUUGGCUGUGGACAAUCUGUGUCAGAUGAAAAAUGUGUUAAGAUAAUUGUAAUCUGGUAAAUAGGUUGAAUAAAAUGAUAUCUGUAUAAAGAAGGAACACGUUAGACCAGACGCCAAAGGCUAAAAUGUACAUAGAUUUCCUUGGGUUAAUUUUUUGAAGUCAGUGUUUGAUUCCACACCCAGUAUUCUUUACUUGAAUGUAUGUGGUUUCAUAGAUCCAUGCACUUUGAAUAUCUGUUGUAUGCUGUCUUAUGUUACCUGUUAUAAAAUACCUUCAUCAUUUUUAAAUAAGCAUCACAAUGACAGUAGAAAGCAAGUUAAACUACGAAAUAUCAAGUGGUUUGUUGAUUUCUUAAUUUUAAUGGACCUUUACUUAGAAUACCAUGUGUUUGAACCUUUUAGGACCUACCAAGAGAUGAAUGAUAUCCAGUGUUUAGUUUGCAUUGUUUCUCUGUCCAAAUUCUUAUGCUAUGUCUUGUGGGGAGGGGGAACAAGGGAGGGUUUUACUUUUUUUGAAAAAAGGUUU